AUGCCUGCCUCUGAUUCCUACCUCCUUGCCAAAGCCUUCAAUUGCUACAAGGGGCCUGAUAAGGAUAGGCAGGUUAUUGAUAGACGGGGUAGAAACUGGGCUGAAGCCAGACUCUGUGGCCCUAGUCUCUUCAUCCCGGUCGGCCCUAUGUUGGGCAUGCUGGAGGUUGAGCCUUUCAGGCAGACACUUUUGUGUGCCGCAACUGACCGCAAAGACUUCUACCAUCAGCUGGCCGUUUCUCAGUCUAAAGCAGCUUCAAAUGCCCUAGGCCCUGCUCUUCCUCGGUUUUUGGUUGAGUCCACUGCUGCCUUUGCUGCCGCCUCCGUAAGCCAAGGGAGAAGAGCUAGCCUGACCAGGGAGCAGAGGGGCGAUUGCCUCAAGGAAGCGCCCCCAGACCCAAUUCGUGGUUCCCUCCUCUUCGACAAGGACCAUUACUUGGUCUGUUUCAAGGCCGUUGCUCAGGGGGAUCACCUUGGAGUUGAGGUCGCCACGUGUGCUCACGGCAACCUUCUGGAGGAGGGUGGGCUGUUGGGUCCGGGUUCUAAUAAGCCUUUUAAGGGUGAUAGGGAGGCCCAGGGUCUGGUGAUAGACGACUAUUUUUCGGUGUGUGUGCAUGACCUCGCCUCGUUCGAAGAGCCUCUUUGCACUUCCCGCCUUGCCCGUGCCAAGAAGGUCUAUGCAUCCCAAGGCCUGGCUGGAUCAGAUGAUAAGGACAUUGUCUCUCAGCCUUCUGCCAAGAUUGCUGCGGCAGAGAUUUGUUCGACCCCUUUCAUCAGGUCCCUCCGUCUGACAACCGUAGCGGCGCCGGCUCAGAAGCGUGCGGCACUCGCUUUGGUUUCUUUGGCGUCUGCCAGCCUCAGCCAUACAUCGGAUGCUUUACACCUCUGUCUUCUGGGAGGUUGGACUGCAACUUUGCUCUUCCGACGUCCCCUGAUGUCGAUUCUGGCUUCGGCACACAGUGUGGUCAGUACUGCCCAUGUCGACUCGCGCAAGCCUGUCCUCUGCCCUUUGCCUCGGCCUGCUGCGCAAGAGCUUGCUUUGCUGGGUGUGUUGUCUCCGUUGGCCCAGUGUGACCUUGCCGCGCCAAUGGAUCCUGUUCUGUACGCCAGUGACGCUUCUGAAGAUAAAGGGGGUUUUGUAAAGGCCUCUGCGCCCCUACCUUUGGCCUAUGUCUUUGACUUUGUGGAGAUCUACAGUGGCUCCGGCAGGGCUCCGCAGCUUCUUGGUUGCUCCGCCCUGUACCACUUUCAGCCCGGCGGCCCACCCUGCUUGUCGCAGCUAUGCCCUUCCUACCCUUCGUCGCCCAAGACGCUUCUCGGCACCACUUUGGCUCUUCGCGCUUUGGCUUUGAUGUUCGUUGCCCUCCUUGUGGGUGCCAUCGGUGUCUUGGAACAACCACGGCUCUCUAAGAUGGCCUGGUUAACGGAAUGGCGUAGGUUGCUUCUUCUCGGUGCUCGUGAGUUCUGGACUGGGCGCUGUGCUCGUGAAUCUGCUAAGUAUACCCCCCUGCUUGCCGAUGCUCUUGCACAUGAGUUUUCCCAAGCUCUGCGACGUGAAUCUCACGUCACUGCUCUUCUCAAGACCAACGCCCCAGGUUUGGAGAAUCCCAUCGUCAACGACAUUGUCCUGUCAUCUGCCUGGGUUGAGGGUGACUCCUGGUUUUGGAGGUCCCCCGUUCAUAUCAAUAUCCUGGAGUCGGCUGCUGUGCUGCGGCUUCUCAGGAGUUUGGCCUUCUCUGGGCCUCGCCGCAUUGUCGUUCUUGUGGACUCCAGUGUGGCUUUGCACUCUGCUUCGAAGGGGCGCAGCCCUUCUCGUGGACUUACGCGCUGGGCUUCCAACUGGGCUCGUCUCUGUCUUCUCCUCACUCCGCAUGUUCGGAUGCGUGCCCGCUCCUCUGCUGUGCUUCAGGAAGGCAGGCCCGUGGAGACGGCGACCAGGCAACGACGUGAGAAGCUGCUUGCUGAGUUUGUCGGCUGGCUGGCUGGCAUUGAGGUUGACUUUGAGGCACUGCUCUCUGGCAGCCUGGCGAACGCGCAUUCUCUUAACAAGUUUCUGGUGCGCUACGGACGUUGCUUGUUUGAAGCAGGAUGGCCUUAUUCCCAUUACAGUGAGGUCAUCAACGCUAUAUCAGCAAAAGAGCCUCUUCUCCGGAGGAGCCUUCAGCCUGCCUGGGACCUUGCCUUUAGUUGGAUGCGUGAAGAACCACAUGAAAAUCACGUUGCAAUGCCCUGGCAGCUGCUCCUGGCUUCUAUCGCUACUGCUCUGAUUUGGGGUUGGCCGCGUGUUGCUGGCAUACUGGCUCUGGCUUGGGGAGGCAUCCUUCGAAUUGGUGAGGUUUUUAUGGCUAGGCGCUCCGACCUUCUGCUUCCUGGGGAUGUAAAAGGGACUUGCGAUUACGCCCUGCUUUCUGUUGGAGAACCUAAGACGAGGUACAAAGCUGCGAGACAUCAAUCGGCGAAGAUUGAUCAACCGGAUUUGCUACGUGUCAUUUCCUUGGCUUUUGGACCUCUAGGCUUUGCUCAGAAACUUUGGCCGUAUUCUUCAUCGACUUUCCGAAGCAGGUUUCAGGUUAUUAUGGUACGGCUCGAGACAGCGGUCCUUCCUUUUUGCAAGACAAAGAAGCUGGAUUUAGGCUCACUGAGGGCCGGCGGUGCAACUUGGUUGCUUUCUGUCACUGAGGAUGAUGAAUUGGUGCGGAGACGGGGUAGAUGGAUGAACCACAGGACGAUGGAAAUCUAUAUCCAAGAAGUCUCCUCCCUCCAGUUCAUUCACCGCUUGCCUGAGCCUGCCCAGAAGAAGCUGUACUCUUUUGUUCAGGCCUUCGAUGCCAUUUUGGCACGCGCUGAACAAUUGGUUUUGUUGAAGACGCCAACUACGGCUUGGUUCGCUCUUUUCUCUGUGUGA